UAUACUACAGUUCCCAAUGUUGUAAUUCCACAGAUAGAGAGGGAGAGGGAGAGGGAGAGAGAAUACGAUGAUGGAUCAUGAAGAGAGCCACUACAGCUUCGAGCCUCCGGCACCGAGGGAGGAGAUGGAGACCCUCCCACUAGCUGACGGACCUCUCGCCGCCGUCCCUGUAGACGGAAGCGGCGGAGGUGAUCCCCUCCUACAUCCCCUCCAAUUCGACUCACCCUUCUCCUUCUCCUCUUCCUCCCCUACCCGUACAUCCUCUUUUGCUGAACCCCCUUCUAAUGCCAAGGGCGUCUCGUUGCAAGCCACAGAGUCUCCCAAAGGCUCAAUCUAUCCGUCUCCUCGGCCAAAUUCCCGCGAGGACUCGGAUUACCUCAAGAUCACCGUUUCCGAUCCCCAAAAGGAGUCGGAGUCAACCGUCUCCCUUGUCCCUGGUGCAGGCACCUUCGUGUCCUAUCUCAUCACUUCCCGCACUCGCGCCUCGGAUCUUUCUGGCUCCCUCCAGGAGUUCUCCGUCCGUCGCCGCUUUCGCGAUGUUGUCACCCUUGCCGACCGUAUCGCCGAGUCCUACCGUGGCUUCGUCAUUCCUCCACGCCCCGACAAGAGCGUAGUUGAGAGUCAGGUCAUGCAAAAGCAAGAGUUCGUCGAACAACGACGUUCAGCCCUGGAGAAGUACCUUUACAAGCUUGCUGAACAUCCUGUCAUCGGGAAGAGCGAUGAGUUGCGAGUGUUUCUCCAGGCGGCCGGGAAGUUCCCGCUGCCAGCAACGACGGACAUGGCUUCAAGGGUUUUGGAUGGGGCCGUGAGACUGCCGAAGCAGUUUUUUAGUUCUGGAGAAGCGGGGAGUGGAUACGUAGCAGCCCCGCAGGAUGUGGUACAGCCGGCAAAGGGAGGAAGGGAUUUGUUAAGGAUGUUUAAGGAGUUGAAGCAAUCGGUGGCUAAUGACUGGGGAGGAGCGAAGCCCUCCGUGGUGGAAGAGGACAAAACAUUUUUGGAGAGGAAGGAGAGAGUGCUGGAGCUGGAACAGCAGCUCUCUACUGCUUCUCAGCAGGCUGAAGCCCUUGUCAAAGCUCAGCAGGACAUGUCAGAAACGAUGGGUGAGUUGGGAUUGGCAUUUUUAAAACUCGGAAAGUUUGAAUCAGAGGAGGUUGUAUGUGAUUCUCAAAGAAUACGAGCUGCUGAUUAUAAACAUUUAGCUACUGCUGCGGUUAGAGCAAGCAGAGCUUAUCGAGAAUCAAAUUCACUGGCAAUGAAGCAUCUGGAUAAAUUGCAUGAAUAUUAUGGGUUGAUGUUAGCUGUACAUCAUGCAUUCUCUGAUCGCGCAAGUGCAUUGGUGACCUUACAAACACUUCUAUCAGACUUGUCUUCUUUGCGUUUGAGAGAAGAAAAACUUGAAGCAGCCUCUUUAAACAUAUUUGGCAGUGAGAGGACUAGGUCUCGGAAGUUGGAGGAACUGAAAGAAACAAUCAUAGUUACGGAAGAUGCCAAAAGUAUUGCAUUUAGAGAAUACGAGCGAAUUAAGGAAAAUAACAAGAGUGAACUUGAUAGACUAGACAAAGAACGGCACGAAGAUUUUCUUGCCAUGAUCAAAGGCUAUAUAGUUAAUCAGAUUGAGAACUCUUUGUUCUUGUUGGAAUAUGUUCUCCAUUCCGACAGAGUUCCAGUCGCUGGAGUCUUGAUACAUUUUAGCAAUCAUGACCCCAACAGCAUAGAGAUGGUUUGCAUAUUGAACAUGGAAUAUAUUGGUUUCUAG